UGGGAGCGGGUACCUGUCAAAUUCGGGUACCCGCUCCCACUGCGAUCGCCUAGGCGAUUGGAAAUGGAAAUUGUCCUCCUACCCUCCCUCCCUGUAGCCUUCUGGGACACAUGACAGGUCCCAGAACACUUCGGGGCCAUUCACAAAGAGCAGCGCUUCUUGCGCAUGCGCAGUGGGCACCCGGCUGUCAAGCCGCAAGCUGUCACAGCCUGGUGCCCACACUAAAGAUGCCGGCGCCAGGGAGAGAAGACGGCUGGUGGUGAAACCAAUGGUGGUGAAGACGCCGCUG